AUGGCCCCGCACAUCCCGCACCCGCACCUGCACCCGCACUCGCACUCGUCCUCCUCGUCGUCGGCGUCGCCCAAAGGAGCCCGGUACGCCGCGACACUCGACUCGGCUCGCCGGCUCGCCCUCUUCACGCACUCGAGCCCGGCCCUCGCCAAAGCAGCGGCGGCGGCGGUGCAGGGCGGCAUGGACUGGGCAGAGCUCCUGCGCAAGUUCAGGAAACACAACCCGGCGCGAGAAGUGACCGCCGCCGCCGCACACGUCGAGCACCUCGUCCACUCGCACCUGUACGGCCACACCGACUCGCUUGCCACCUCCCUCGCCUCGGGCGCGAGCUUGACGCCUCCUCCCCCAUCCCUUCCCCCACUCGUCCCGACCUCGCACCGCGGCGCCAUCCUCCCUGCGCUCGACGCACUCGCCAGCGCCACCUCGAGCGCAGCUCCUGGCGUCGAGGCGGACAGCGCGAGGGCGGUCCUCGCGUGGGCGCGGUACAUGGUCGGGCAGCCGGGUGACGCGAGGCAGGCGCUCGCAGGGCUGCAGAGCAAGGGCCAGUUGCCGGCGCAGGGCGAGCCGUACGACCUGACGUUGAGCGUCUUGACGACUGCUGUCGAGGGCUACCUCGCCGAGGACGCCCAUUCGCCCGACGCCGCCCUCACCGCCUACUCGCACGCCUCGACCCUCUACGCCCAAGCGCUACCCUCCUCCUCCACCGACGACAUCUCGCUCCACCGCGUCGGCGCGCACGCCCUCUUUCGCCUGUGCGUCCUCGCGCCCUCGUCGACCGAGGCCCACACGCAGUACCUCGACCGCUGCGCCUCGGCGCCACGACUCGCCGUCGGGCGCGCGUUCCCGACCGCCGAGCGCCUGUGGGUCCACCGCGCCCUGCGGCACCUCGUCUCGUCCGGCGCGGCGACGGGCAAGGGCCCCGGCGCCGGCGAAGGUCCCGGCGUCGACGGCGCCGCGAUGGCGAGGAGCCACCGGGCCGAGGAGGCGCUCAUCCGGCGAGGGACGAGCUUGCCGCCGGCGGGCGAGACCAACGCCGUCUACCUGCGCUUCCUCGACGAGGUCGUCGCGGCGUGGAGGGCGAGGGGCCUGCCGAGGAGCGAGGCCGGCGAGGUCAUCGAGAUCCUGUACUCGGCCCUGUCGCACACCUUCCAGUCGCACCUCCUCCUGCGGCACCUCGUCCGCGCCCUGUCGAUCGCCGGUCGCCACCUCGAGGCGACCAAGGCGCUGCGCCUGUACCGUGACCUGUGGGACAAGGCGCGCGAGACGGACGCCAAGGAGGUCGCGCGCGAGAUGCGCGUCCUGCGGGCCCGAGCGUGGAAGGAGGCUCGUGCGGCGGGCGCAGGAGAAGCGGGCGAGAAGGAGAAGGGCGUCGAGCGGAGCGGCGACGAGGACGGGCGCGAGGAGGGCCCGUACGACUCGGACAUCGACUCGGACCGGGCGUUCGUCGACACGGCCCUGUUCGGCGUCCGGCUCUUGUGCCGCGCUCAGGUCGGCGAGCCGCGCGAGGCGGUCGAGCUCGCGAGGAGGGCGAGGGCCGUCUUUGACGAGGGGCGGGACGAGGAGCUGAGGGCGGACAAGGAGGUCGAGGCGCGGAUCGAGACGGCGCUCGGGGUCGCGCUCGGUGCGCUCGCCGCCAAAGAAGCGAGCCCGGAGCAGCGCCCAGCCCAGCACGAGGAGGCGCUCAACCACCUCACUUCCGCCGUCACCCUCUCGCCCUCGUCCUUCGCCGCCCACUACGCCCUCGCCUUCCAACUCCUCGAGCUCCGACAAGUCUCGAGCGCGCUCGAGGCGGCCCGCUCUGCCGUCGAGCGCAACAAGCGCAGCCGCGAGGCGUGGCACCUCCUCGCCCUGUGCGUCUCGGCGCAGAAGGACAUGCGCGGCGCGCUCGAGGUGCUCGAGACGGCGCUCGACAUCGAGGACGACGGCGCGCACGACGUCGACGAGCGGUGGGACCGCCCGACGGACGAGACGGAGCGCCUCGCGGUCGAGAUGCAGCUGCGGCUCACCAAGGGCGCCGUCGUCGAGUACCUCGAGGGCGCUCCCGCCGCACUCGCCGACCAGCAGGACGUCCUCGCCUUCUUCUCGUCGGCCUACGCGCGCAUCUCGGACGCCCCUCGUGGCGCGGCGCCGCCGUCCGGGUCCGUCACGGCGGGCGCCGCCGCCAACCCGACGUCGUCGAGGCCGACGAGCGCGCUCGCGCCGGCGAUCCCGCUCGUCAACGGCACGACGACCGACGGCGCGUCGCACAAGCUCGGCCGCACGGCGUCGAUCGUGAGCCGGCGCCGCAGCGUCAAGCGGCAGUCGGUCGCCGUCAACGGCAACGGCAGCGGCGCCCGUCCCGAGUCGGUCAACGGCUCGCUCGCCAACCUGUCGCUCGCCGAGUCGUCGUCGCCGGCGCCUGCGUCGGCUCGCCCCGCGACCGACGGCAACCCGCUCGCGACCAAGCUCCUCGUCGACACGUGGCUCGCGAGCGCUGCGUCGUUCCGCCGCGCGCGCCUGUACGACGAGGCGCGAGGUGCACUCGGCGAGGCCGAGCAGCUCGACGCCGACGACGCCGACGUGUGGAGCCAGACGGCGCUACUGCACCUCGUGCGCGGCGAGGUCGCCCGAGCGCGCGAGGCGCUCACCAAGGGCCUCAGCUUUGACCCGGCGCACGUCGCGAGCCGGGUCCUCCUCGCGCGCGUGUACCUGUCGGCGCCUGCGUCUGGUGACGGUGCGCCCGCCACGCCGUACAGCGCUGCGCCGCCGCCGCCGCCGUCGCACCUCACGUCGGCCGUCCCGCCUCUGGCCUCGCCGAGGGGCGGCCUCGCGCUGUCGCUCCCGCUCGCCGAAGCGCUCCUGUCGACCCUGACGGCGCACGGCGGGUGGGACGUGCCCGAGGCGUGGGCCGAGCUCGCGCGGUGCUACCGCGUGUGCGAGCCGCGCCGGGCCGACAAGGAGCGCGAGUGCCUCGUGUGGGCGCUCCAGCUCGAGGAGACGAGGCCUGUCAGGCCGCUCGCGAGGGCGGUCGAGAGGGCGCUGUAGAGGAGAGGCGGCUCUCGAGGGCCUCGUUGCAGUACACAGAGUCUCUUUCGGUUCGAAAA